GGGGAGACCGGAUAUAGUGAAUGCGGGGUCCGGGGAGAGCGGAUAUAGUGAAUGCAGGGUCUGGGGAGAGCAGAUAUAGUGAAUGCAGGGUCUGGGGAGAGCGGAUAUAGUGAAUACAGGGUCCGGGGAGAGCAUAUAUAGGGAAUGCAGGUUCCUGGGAGACCAGAUAUAGUGAAUGCAGGGUCCGGGGAGAGAGCAGAUAUAGUGAAUGCAGAGUCCGGGGAGAGCGGAUAUAGUGAAUGCAGAGUCCGGGGGAGAGCGGAUAUCGUGAAUGCAGGGUCUGGGGAGACCAGAUAUAGUGAAUGCAGGGUCCGUGGAGACCGGAUAUAGUGAAUGCAGGGUCCAGGGAGAGCAGAUACAGUGAAUGCAGGGUCCAGGGAGACCAGAUAUGGUGAAUGCAGGGUCCAGGGAGACAGGAUAUAGUGAAUGCGGGGUCUGGGGAGACGGAGAUAUAGUGAAUGC